GGCAACCUGCAGUAUGUAUCAAACAAGGAUUACACUCCAAACAGAAACGACCGUUAAACUGAACAGUGAAAAUUAACAGUAUUAUUUGGAUUUAAGGCUGACGAAAUGUCUUCAGCAUUCGUGCCGACACAGUUUCUUGGUGACAUUGGAGAUUUUGUCUUACGACAGAACAUGUUACGACAGCAGCAGCAGCAGUGUGCUGAACGCAGAAACACUCUUGGUGCUGCGAUAAAUGUGCAACGAAAUCGGAAUUUCUCCGUGGGAAAUUUUACACCAGUGCCUGCGAACGCAACUGUGAUUAUGGAUAACCAGACUGGAUUGAGUGAGCAUAAAAAGUUGGAUAGAUCAUACAGUGAACCGUGUGAGAGGCUGUUAAACAACAACACGAACUUGAACACUCAGCAAAAACAGCCCGUUAAUUCCAGUCGGUACAAGACCGAACUCUGUAGGCCUUUCGAAGAAAACGGUCAUUGCAAAUACGCAGACAAAUGUCAAUUCGCUCACGGUGCUCACGAACUGAAGUCGUUGCAGCGGCACCCAAAGUACAAAACGGAAUUAUGCCGCACAUUCCACUCAAAGGGAUUCUGCCCGUACGGGCCUAGGUGCAACUUCGUUCACAAUGACGAGUCCGUCAGUAAGGCAAACGAACAGAACAACAGAAUUACCGCAGCGCACAACGUACAGCAAUCGCAUCUGGCCACGCAGCAAUAUUUCCAGCACAUUUCGCCGCCGAGUUUGAGCCAGUCGCCACCACCCACGGUCCAGCGUCCAACGUCUAUCAACUUCAAUUCCAGCUUCACAGGUUCACUCGGGUCGUCGGCAGAAUCGUCGCCCCCAUCGAGUGUGGGCAGUGAGAGCCCUUCGCUGAGCCCAGUGUUCUUCGGGGAGGACUUGUUAAACUCGGGACUCGGUUUGCCUUUGAACAAUUCGCUCAAUUUUGAUAAUUCUACAAAUAGUAAUGUGUUCAGCAGCAGUUUAAUGCCAGAGUUUGGCUUUGAUCUCUCACCUUUAAACAUUCAAACUGUCAGCAGUGUAGAUUCGCUCGCCCAGCAUUUUGGUGCCCUUCUUAACUUGAACAAUCAAACAAACAAGUCCGUAUGGAAUGACCGCGAAUGGAGUGCUUCCUUUUUCUCCAACGCCCCUACGUCACCCCCGGACUCGAUAUCUGGUGAAAGCGUGGGUAGCUUCAGCAGCUUUGGAACAAGCAACAGCUCCAGCAUGUCCACGUGUGGGUCGCCAAUGGAGGUGGGGAAGAACUUCAGGCUACCAGUCUUCAGCCACAUUUCCCAGUAGGGGUUUGUGUAGUGAUCUGCCGUCUGUGUUAUAUUUUUCUGCUUUAUUUACCCAUGAUGCUUGACACGUUGAAAUAAUUACGAAAACUAGUAUAUGAACAAUAAAUGUUGACGUUUAACUGGAGGAUUUAAAAUGCACACUUUUGAAGCGUCAUGAAUGCUGUUGACCCAAUAUAAAUUAUAUUGAUCAGUUUUCAUGAUCUGAUGGAAUGUCUUGAAGCAAUUUCCAAUGUUAAGCCUUUCUAUUGUACAAAUAUACAAAUUUAAUAGGCAGUGAUGUUUGAUUACAAAAUUUAAGUUGUUUUAGUUUUGUCCAAAUGUUUUUGAGUAUCAAAAAGUAUUAUUUCACCCAGGGCAAUUUGCGAUCUUUAUAUAUAUGUUGUAUCAUGUUAUAAGAAGUGCCUAUGUUUCUCUCUCGGGUACAUACUGUGUGUGCUCAAUGAUCACACUGUUAAUGUUCAUGAUUGCAUUUUGAAGUUCGUUAUUGUUGUAUUUUACAACUUUCAGUAAUUUUUCAUGCUUUUUCACAAGUAAUUUAAUUGCAACAAAUCUAAUUUAUUGUAUUACUUUCAUGCAUUUAAAUUAUUCUACAUUUUGUUGACAUGUAAGCACAUAGUUCAUUUUCACAUCUCUGUUUCAAAGUUAUUCUCAUUUAUUUGUUUAAAUUAUUAAAUGCUAAAAAAUCCAAAGUUAUGGGAUCACUUAUUAUAAUUUCAUGUUUAUUGUUCAUGUAUAUUAUUAUAUUUCACUGUGAAUAACUCAUUGAUCAUGUUAUUUAUAUGCAAAAUAUCCAGGAAUGGAUGAAGAUUUAAUUAUUUGAAAAAAAAAUACAAAAAUAAAAUUGUUUGAAAACUAAAA